AUGAUCCUUCAACAAUCUUCAAAACUUCUGAUACUUCUGCUAGUUAUUGCUAUCUCUUUUAUAAGGACUCAAGGCCUUAACAGUAUUAUAAACGAGCUAAACAAGCGUCUUCUCAUCUCCACAAACUUUUUGUACUGCAACCGAACAGAUAUACUACAUGAAUACGAGAUCAAGUAUCUCCGACAUAUGCCACCCGUUAACCUGAUGAUCUUCAGCUCAAUUAAAUCCUUUAACGUCACCGAACUUGAGUUUAAUUUAGGAGCUGAUAACAAACUCUUUAUGAUCUUGGGCAAUGAAGAACCACCCUAUGAUUUCUUUCACGCUUUGGACUUGCAUUUUCAACAGGCUGAAUAUAUUUUGAUCAUAGAUGGUCCCGUAUAUCUGAAAAGGGAAACCAAGUGGUUAAAUUUUGUAAGGCACCUGUGGCAGCAAGGUUACGCGAAUUUGCUAUUCUAUACCUCCUAUGAUGAACAACUAUAUCACAAACUCAUAUUUCCCGAGCUGCUGAUAGAGGAAACUUCCAUAAAGCAUUAUAUAUCCAUUAGGGGAUCGUUUAGAAACAUAUAUGGCUAUCCGGUUCGGGUUGCAGCCUACAAUAACGUUCCGCGCUCUAUGCUCUACGAGAAUCGCUGGGGUGAGAGGGUAUUUGCUGGGUUCUACAUGAGGUUUGUACGGGCUUUUAUUGCCUCAAGGAAUGGCAGCUUUGUGCCAGUUCUCACGCCGAGUAAUUCUCCUGGAAAUUGUACAUUACAUUUGCGCAAUGAAUCGGUGGAUGUGUGUGGCGAUGCCCUGGCAGCAAAUCCCGCGGCCUUCAGCUUAACCCAUGGAUUCAGGAUAGCCUCGGCGAAUGUUUUCGUGACCCAUGCAAAACCCCUACACUCCUAUCGAUAUCUAACGGCUCCAUUUCAAUUGAGUGUGUGGCUUUGUUUGGCCGCUUACGUAAUGCUGGUGGUAAACUUUCUGAGCUUAAUACACUGGCUAAGAAGUGGUAAAUGGGACUUUAGCAAACAUCUUCUCGAGGUCUUCAGCUCACUUCUAUUCAGUGGAUUCUACUUAAAAGAGCUUCACGGUAAGGAGAGGUACAUUCUCUUCGGAGUGCUGUUCAUAGCUGGAUUUGUCUACUCCACCGAGUAUCUGGCAUUGCUAAAAAGUAUGUUGAUCUCGGAGGUUUUCGAAAAGCAAAUCGAUACUUUUGAGGCAUUGGUAGAAAGUAAUAUAACCCUAAUGGUGGACCCGUACGAUCAGAUUAUAUUCGCCAAAUACAACAUACCGAAGAUACUUGCUCCCAUUAUGGAACCGGUCAGUUUUAAUACUCUCUUGGAGCAUAGAAAUCGCUUCGAUCAGGAUUAUGCCUAUAUACUGUUCUCGGAUCGAAUGGCCCUAUACGACUAUGCACAGCAGUUCCUGAAGCACCCAAAACUCUUGAGGAUUUCGAUCGACUUUUCGUUCCUUUACACUGGCAUCCCGAUGCGGAAGAGAUGGUUUCUGAAGCACCAUUUGAGCCACGCCUGGUACUGGGCCUUCGAGAGCGGUCUUACAAGGAAACUGGCCUUGGAUGCCGACUACGAGGCGGUUCGCGUGGGCUAUGUAAACUUUCUCAUCACGGAGCAUAUGGAGGCCCAGCCGCUGGAUGUGGAUUAUUUCGUUAUGCCGGCAAUCGCUCUGGCCCUCGGCUACAUCCUGGCCCUUUUGAGUUUUGUCAUCGAGAUGACGGCCUGGCGCAUGAAGGGAUUCCUGGGAUGCAAGAUGAAGAUGGGAACGAGUACCGGUUGCCCAGGAGGCGGUUAUGUUGAUGUCGGUUGA